CCUUCUCCAUUUCUGUUACUUUUCCUAGAAAAUUCCGCAAACCCUAGAGAGAGAGAGAAAGAGAAAUCCCAUCGAAACAGAUUGGGAACAGUUGAUGGAUUUCUAGAGAGAGAAAAAACCUCUGAUCUCUCUAAUUCGAUCGAGAUCGCAGCAUUUUCCUUUGUUGCGAUAAGAGAUUCGAAUGAAAAACUGGGUUCGCUGUGGCUAAAUCUAAACAAAUCCAUUGAAGAUGAUUUCGAAUCCACGUCUAUUGUCCUACACUUGCAUUGCGAAAGGAACCGUGGUUCUCGCCGAUUUCGCUUCAAAGGAAGAACCAGGAAUCGAAGAAGUAGCUUUGAGAUGCAUCGAGAACACGCCUCCUCACCAUUCAAUCUUCUCUCAUACAGUUCACAAGAAGACGUACACGUUCGCGAUCGACGAUUCGUUUGUGUAUUUCGCGAUUCUCGACGAAAGUAUGGAGAAACCGGAAUCCUUCUGGGUCUUGAAUCGGUUGCGAUCAGCUAUCGAGGAUCUGAUCAGAAUCGGCGGAUCCGACGCCGAGAAGUUGAUUAAUCCGGCUCCGCAUUGUCUACAAUCGAAGCUCGAUCCAGUUUUCGCGGAGAUCGUUGGCGUUGUCGAUGUGGAUUUGGAGUUGGACAUGGAUUUGGUUGGAUCGCCAAGGAGCGUAGCGAGAGAGAGUCGAAACCCGAGCAUCGAUUCGACUAAAGGGAGAAGAGCUGCGUUGAUGCCGCUUUUGGGGAAGGCGUUGAAGAAGAAGAAGAGGUUGCACACGGAAGCAGCAAAAGGGGGAGAUUCUGGUGACGUUGAUACGAUCAAGGAGACGUCGGAGAAGAAGGUUGAUUUAUGUGGGAAUGGGAACAGUGGAGUCUCACGCAAGGAACUGAGAAAUGGUUUGUUAACGGAUCAUCAUCACAGGCAAAAGGCGAAGCAGAUUUGGAAGAAGCAUGUUUGGGUUGUGUUGAUGUUCGAUUUCUGCAUCUGUGCUGUUCUUUUCGGAAUCUGGCUUUGGGUUUGUGAAGGGUUUCAAUGCAUCGAUGGGUAAAGUAAAUCAUCUCUGUGUACAUCUCCAAAUUCAUAUUCUUUCGUCAACAUUGAUCAUUGACAUCUUCACAUCAGACAUAAAUUAGUUCGUUUUUUUUCUUUUUCUGGGUUUCUUCCUAUGUAAAAUUCAUCUGGGCAUUCGUUUUCUGGAUCGAAUCUGAUCCCUUUUUCCUCUGUUUUCUUGAUAAUCUUUCUUUUUUAUCUUCUUAAUUCUUUUGUAAAAUCACAAAAAGUGUUGUUUCCAGGAGGAAACUAGGUUUAGGUUGAAUCCUGGUUUACAUGUCAGUGAUGUUCAUUGUACUUUGAAAGUUAUUAUCCACAAAUCACCAGCAACAUGUGUGUUGUGUUGUCUACUUGUA